AUGGCCUCUAUCUUCGUCGAAUCAGUACCGGCCAGGACCUUCAGUGGACGCACUGGAGAAAGAGUCGAAGCCUUCAUCGAAUCCUUGAUCCUCAAUUUUGAGCCUAAAGAGAAGCUCUGUGCCGCCGGAAGAAGAGACGCUGCCAGAGUGGCAAUCCUCAGUGCGAAUCUCCGCGGAAAGGCGGCCAGAUGGCUGGAAAGACAAAACGAAGAGGUAGCCUCCUCGUGGAGUGAACUCACCGAAGCCCUCAAGAAGAGAUUUAACAACAAGAGCAAGAGGGAUGAAAGGCAAAGACGUGCCGAGAACGCAGUCACCAAUCUCAAGCAAGGGAAGCUCACACUAAAACAAUACAUACGCAAGAGGGAGAGGGUUAACAUUGACCUCCCGAUAGCGUCUGACCUCCACAAGUCUGCCAGUAGAAGGUUCUACGUGGGCCUGGCCCGCGAGCAAACCCGGUGUAACUUCCUCAGCCUGGGGAAGUUCGACAUCAACGACGACUACACCCUAUCACAAGCCAUUGAGGUGGCAAAGAAGGUGCUCGCCACCGGCACCAGGGAGCUAAGUGGGCAUCGCAGUGGCAGCGAGAGUAGUGAUGACGACACGAGCGACAGCGAAGAGUGCUCAGACUCGGAGGAAUUCAGUGAGGUGGGAAAGGAGAGCAAGAGGAGGGUAGGAGGCAGCAAGAUUAGGGAGGCAUUAGAGAAGGAGAGGAAGGCAAAUAAGGCCCUCGUGGAAGAGAAGAAGGCGCAAGAGAUGGUGGAGAAAGAGCGUAAAGAGAAAGAAGAUACACUCACCGGCGAGGUUGCCAACCUGCGAAGAUUAGUAGAGAGACUCUCUACACAGCAGCAAUACAAUAACCCCUACGAUAUCCCACCCGCAACCCGAGAGACGGAGGUCUUCGCGGUAAACCGUGGAUAUUACGGUCACCCGAGGCAGCCGAACAACCAAGCGCCAGUUAUGGGCAGCACCCAGUACCCGAGCGGCUAUGGGAAUUCGAUGUCCACGUUUAAUCAAGCGCAACUCCUGAACCCACACGCAAUGGGACCCCCGCACUAUGCGGCGACGGGACAGCAAAGCUACCCGCCCACGGGGUACAUGCCGAGGAGGCACACUAUUCAGAACGACGCCAGACCAGUCGUCACGUGCUUCCGGUGUGGUCAGACAGGACACUACAGCCCCGAAUGCAUAAACCCUCCACUAUCAAUCAUGGAACAGCAGGAGGUUAGACGCCGAGUAGGUGAGGAUCAAAUCGAGAAGAUACGCGCACAGUUGAGCCUUCAGUCGGGCCCCCAGGGGCUACCCCAAAUCAAACCACCGAAGGAUAGUGAGGAAGCGUUUGGGAGGUGGAGCAGUAGAGCGGAAGGACCCGCGAGCAAGAGGAAGGCGAGGGUCGAAGAGGAAGAUGAGGAGAUGGGUAAUGCUGCUGCCGCUCCCGACAAGGGCAAAGGCAAAGCUAAGGCGUACCAAGCCCCCGGCAUGAGCUCCAGGCAGACACCAAAACCAUCCGAGUCUAAGCGGCCCAUUCGGAUGAUGAAAGGGGUUAUCCCCGAAGACGUGGUCCAGAGAGAUUUGGCAAAAGGCCUAGUACUAGAACGUAUUGCUAGAGUCCCUAAGGAGAAGACUACCCAGCCGGACGAAACCCACGCAGUCGAAGCAGUAAACAGAGCACGUGAGGACGAGGGCCCGGUCGUAAACUUCUACACCGACGGGAAGGUUAGAGUACCGGGGAUGCCCGCUGGCUUCUUCACAGUAAAGAAAAUACUCGUCGACGCCGGCUCCGUCGUAAAUCUCAUGCCCGAGAGCAUCGCGGACGAGAUGAGGCUACGCAAAGAACGCGGGCCGGGAUUCAAUAUCAAGACCGCCGACGGGGGACUAGCUCCAAUUUCGUCCGUGGUGUCCUUCGACCUCAAUGUGGUGGGGGUUACUGCACGAAUUACCUGCCACCUUGUACCAGGGCUGAGAACGCCAUCUUACUCGAUUCUGCUAAGUAGGCGAUGGCUCCGUCAGUGCCAAGCGCGGGGAGACUACCGCUUGGACACGUAUGUCAUCAAAGAUAAGAAAGGCAACGAAUUCCUGGUGCCCGCAGUUAGAGGCGGGCAUGAGGAGUCCCCGAGGAUCUUCAUCAGCGCUGAGUCCACGAGGAUCGAAAUCGACGACGAGAUGGCGGAAGAUAUCGAACAGGAAGACGACACCAUGUCUGCCAUCGUCGAGAGGAUAUCAAGAGAGAGUGAUGAACAAGAAAGGUGGGAGUUGGAGCUCGAGAGGAGAGAGUUUGAGGAGAAGGGUGCGAAGCGGGGAGGGAACGAGGAAGAGCUGCGGGCGGCCAAAUGGAAUGAAGGCAGUGACGUGGAAAACGAACCCGGAGGAGAAGAAGAAGGAGAAUGUUGGGGCGGAACCGGGUACGGGGAAGGAUGUGAAACAUUGUGGGCUGAGCAUGAGGAGAGAGAGGCACAAGACGAGACGAUGCGGCUAGCACAGGUUCACGAUCGCCGCCAGGUCAAGAAUCAUCAUGGCGAAAUUUACGACCUGAUCAAUGAGGACGACCGCGUAUACGGCAUAAAUACGAUAGGGUACCUGACGAAAGAGAGGCCCACGAGCUACCACAGGGAGGUGGACUCACACACGACCGAUGCGGAGAUAGAAGCGUGGUUUGAAGAAUGCCGCACUACAAUAGGCAACGCCGCGGAAACCGAGGUCGAAAGAACAAGUGCUAAGAGGUUAAUCUACACCUGGCGUGACAUCUUCGGGGACAACUUGGGCAAUAUACCGGAAUGCCGAAUAGCUGUGCACUACAUCCCGACAUACCUUGGUUCAAUACCACAUAAGGCGACCAACCCGCUCUACACGGCGGAGGAAAUGGCCUGGAUGUAG